UCAACGCCAAACCGGAAGUGACGGCUGGCGAAGAGGAAGUAAGUGAGCGUUAAUUGUUGACAUGUUAGCAAGCUAAUGUGCGUCAAAUGUGAGCACGUUGAUAAGAAAUGUGCUUUUGAAAGAACACUUUGGUGCACCUGCUGUAAGACCAUCGCCACCUCAGACGGUCCUGCCAGGCCGCCAUGCAAGGACCCACAGACGGCGAACAGGAAGGAGACGGCCGCCUCAUCAUGAGCUCGCUCCCCCGGGAAGCGGCGGCGGCGGCGGCGGCCCGUCGGGCUUCCAGCGGCGAGCUUCUCCUUCCCCGCACCUGCCCGGUCACUCACUCCCGGGAGAAGUUCUACACCGUCUGCUCCGACUACGCCUUCCUCAACCAGGCGGCGGCGGUGAGGAAGCAGGAUGACGGGCCCGCGGCGACCAAACCGGCGGCGGCGUCGGAUAGCGAGAUGGAGGGCGUGACCCCCGGCAACGUGAAGAGCACCCUGGCGUGGGAGAUCGACACCACUGACUUCAAGGCGGUGCUCACGCGAAAAAACCGAACGGGGAAGGUGAAGAAGUGGGGCAGCAAGAAGCUGAAGUCUGAGAGAGCAGCCACUCGCAACCUGCAAGACGCCCCACUUCAUGCUUCUCUGGAGGACGUCAAGCAGAGAAAAGUUCUGGACCUCAGGCGCUGGUACUGCAUCAGUCGGCCACAGUACAAGACUUCAUGUGGGAUUUCCUCGCUGGUGUCGUGUUGGAACUUCCUGUACAGCACGCUGGGCGCAGGAAGUCUGCCACCUAUCUCUCAGGAGGAGGCGCUCCACAUUCUGGGCUACCAGCCGCCGUUUGACGACAUCAAGUUUGGGCCGUUCACAGGAAACGCCACGCUCAUGCGGUGGUUCCGGCAAAUCAACGACAACUUCCGCGUGCGAGGCUGCUCCUACGUCCUGUACAAGCCGCACGGCAAACACAAGACGGCGGGAGAAACAGCGGAGGGAGCGCUGCUGAAGCUGACCCAAGGCCUGAAGGACAACUCCAUGGCGUACAUCUACCACUGCCAGAACCACUACUGCUGCCCUGUGGGCUUUGAGGCCACGCCCCUCAAAGCAGCCAAGGCCUACAGAGGUCCUCUGGCCAUCAGCGAGAUGGAACACUGGAUCCUGAUAGGAGAACCCAGCAGGAAGCACGCAGCCAUCCACUGUAAAAAGUGGGCCGACAUCGUGACCGACCUCAACACCCAGAACCCCGAGUACCUGGACAUCCGCCACCUGGAGAAGGGCAUCCAGAGGCGCUCCACUAAAAAGGUGGGCGGCAACCUGCACUGCAUCAUGGCCUUCCAGAGGGUCAACUGGCAGAAGAUGGGGCCCUGGGCUCUCAACCUGGAGAACCUGCGACACGACGCGGAGGACACGCAGACCAAGCGCCCGGUCCAGCUGGGGCGCUCGCACAGCACGGGGAGCCAGGACGCCGCCUGGAGGCACCGGGCCAACACGGCCGAGUACCGCCAGAGGAGCUCCCCCGACAGCGACCUGGAGGAGGACUGACGCCGCUGUGGUGACAUCAUCAUCCUGGGACGCUAGUUGCAGGAUGAUGAUGAUGAUUCUUUCUUCCUACAACAUGCGGGGGUGUCCAACUUUUUACACACUCACUAAUCACAGCUUGCCGCGGACAUUUUGAUAGUUUUCAUUUUCCAAACCAACACCAUAUAUUUUGCAACUUUUCAAGGCUGCUCUUGAGUUUGGUGCCAGGUCAUAAAAAUGUUAAAAAUAAGUCAUAUAUUAUUACUUUUUUAAUUAACGCUUAAAUCUCCUCAUCAACUUCAGGUCUAUUUGUUAAUGUAAGGUUUAAAAAAAAAAAAUAGGGCAUAAACCAUGAAAAAGAAAACAACCAUCAGAUCGACAGAGACUUGAAGUUGAUCUUGAGAUUAAAGUGUUUAUUUUAUUUAAUAAAUUACUUUUUAGCAUUUUUAUGACUUGAGACUUUUUCAGUGUGCACACAUUUAUAUAUAUAUAUUUAUUUAUUUUAUAAUAUAUAUACAUAUUUAAUAAUAUAUAUAUAUAUAUAUUCAAAAAAUAUAUUUAUUUAUAUUUAAUAUAUAUAUAAUAUAUUUAUUUUAUAUAUUACAUAUAUAUUUAAUAUAUAUAUAUAUUUAAUAAAUAUCAUAUAUGCAUAUAUAUAUAUAUAUAUAUAUAUAAUAUAUGCAUAUAAUUUUUAUUCUUUACUAAGGCUUAAAUCUUUGAGAGCAACUUUAUAAGUCUAGUGAAUGUAUUUAUUUUAAUUUUUAUUUAUGCAUUUUCUGUCCAAACAUGUUUUAUGGCAUAAAAAAACGUUCAAAGUGGAAUAUUUGCUUCGAAGUAAUUGAAGCCUUAAAUAGGUCAAUAAUUCAUUGACCUAUUCAUUGAACAACAUUGAUUUUAAGUCAGUGUUAUCUUUUGAGAAAUGACAGUUGAAAAAUAAAAAUCCCACAAAAAUGUUGGAGGGAUUUAAAAGAGCUUCACUCAUAAAAUGUUUAUUUUUAUUUUUACUUUUGCCAUUUAGGUCUCUCGAGCAACUUCAGCUCUGUCGAUUAUACAUUUGUAUUAUUAUUUUUUCUUUGUUUUACGCCCUUUUUUUUUACACUCCUAUGUAAUAUUUCCCCAAUAAAUAUUUCAAAAUGUAAUAUUUGAUGUGACAUAACUGUAGCCUGGAGUAGGUCAAUAAUUCAUACUAUUGAUUUUGAUUCAUUAUUAUUUGAGCAAUGACCGUUUCAAAGGAAAAAAACAGCUUUGUUAUUGUCAACUUUUUCUCAUUACGUUUCACCUUUUUCUUCUUUUAAAUUUGAUUUUCAUUGAAUUCUUAUCCAUUACAUCAGUGGUCCCCAACCUUUUUGUAUCCGCGGACCGGUCAACGCUUAAUAAUUUGUCCUGCGGUUUCUUUUCUUCUUUGUCAUGAAAAAGGGGACGUGUUUGGCAUGAAAAAGGGAGUUUUUUGUAGUUGGUGCACUAUUUGUAAGUGUAUAUUGUGUUUUUUAUGUUGAUCUAAUUAAAAAAAAAAUUAAAAUUUUUUUUAUUUUUAUUUAUUUAUUUUUUUUCUUAUAAAAAAUUAUUCUGCGGCCCGGUACCAAUCGGGCCACAGCCCGGUGGUUGGGGACUACUGCAUUACAUCAUAAUUUCAUACAUCUAUUGUCUGCCCUUAAAUGUCAAAAGAAUAUUUUUUUGUUUAUAACCCUGCCCCCGAAAAAAGGAAAACAGAAAAAAAAAAAAGUAAUAAUAAUAUUAAGAAAAUAUAAAUAAAAAAAAAAAUAAUAUAAACGGAUAAUAUAUAAAUAGAAUAUAAACUAUAGACCUAUAGGGAGUAAAAAAAAUUUGUAAACAGUACAAUCACUAAGAAAAUAAAAUCAGGCUUAAGGGGCGUGACAUAAUUGACGCAGUUUUCCCAGUAUGAAGCACAUUUUUCCAAUUUAAUAAUUAAUAAAAGCCGUUAUCUUCUUCAUUUUUUUAAACGUCCAUUGUGAUUUCCAUCCACAGCUUCAAAGUUGGGCUCUCCUGUGAUAUCCAUUUCCUAGUAAUGCUCUUUUUACAGGCCACCAGUAGAAUGCUAAUGAAGUGGUUCUCUUUUUUUCAGCCAAUCUUGAGGUACUUGAGUCUUACUUUCACAUCUGAAAAUAUCCCAAAGAGCUCACCGUGUUUCACCUUUCUCAUGUUUAUAUUUACUCGUCAUUUUAGAAAGGCCUUUAAAACCAAAAAGUUCCGCGGGCCUCACCUUGGACACCCCUGACGUGAUGUCACACUCGGACCUUGUUUCGUGUCUUUCUGGAGCAAAAAGAAAAGGUACUCAGUAACAUGAUAUUUUUACAUCAUCGCCGAGUCACGUACACGUUUGAUUUUGAUUCAUUUUACGAUACAUGACGUCUCCGAUUAACGUUGUCCGCCGCUCACGUUGUCACGAGUGCGCCGCUUUCAGAUGUUUUCCCAGCUCGGCGAUUUGAUGGGGUCCCACGCGGCAGCAACCUCCUGAGCGGCACAAGUACACAAACAUUCCGCUGUCAGAUUGUGUGUGGUUUGAUUGCCAAACUGUGUUUAUCGGGAAGUGCUUCUUUAGCUACAGAAAGACGUUUUAGGUUGUGAUGGGCAAAUGAGUGCAAGGCACACUCGCUACCUGUAUCCACACUUAAAGGCCUACUGAAAGCCACUACUAGCGACCACGCACUCUAAUAGUUUAUAUAUCAAUGAUGAAAUAUUAACAUUGCAACACAUGCCAAUACGGCCGCUUUAGUUUACUAAAUUGCAAUUUUAAAUUUCCCGCGAAGUAUCCUGUUGAAAACGUUGCGGUUCGACGACACGUAUGACGUCGCCGGUUGUAGCGGAUAUUUUUUUACAGCCCAAUUUAAGCUAUAAGUUGUCUACUUUAAUCACAUAAUUACACAGUAUUCUGGACAUCUGUGUUGCGGAAUCUUUUGCAAUUUGUUCAAUGAAUAAUGGAGACGUCAAAGAAGAAAGCUGUAUGUGGGAAGCGGUGCAUUGCAGCCGCCUUUAGCAACACAAACACAGCCAGUGUUUCCUUGUUUAAAAUUCCCGAAGGUGAAGCUUUACUAUGGAACAGAGCGGUCCAGCGAACACGGUUCCUGACCACAUGUCAACCGGCAGGUUUCGAUGAGAAAAUUGUGGUAAUAAGUAGGCUCUUACCGUAGUUAUGAGCGGAGCUCGCGUCCUCCCGCAGCAGCGUGGCUUCCCUCAGAGACACUGGCGGUCACCACACCCCUCCGACUUUCAUUUACCAUAUAAUCUCACUAAAACACUAGUAACACAAUAAGCAGAUAAGGGAUUUUCCAGAAUUAUCCUAGUAAAUGUGUCUAAUAACAUCUGAAUAGCUCUCACUGCCCUCGCCUUUUUUUUUUUUCUAGUCCUUUACUCUUAUUUUCCCCAUCCACAAAUCUUUAAUCCUCGCUCAAAUUAAUGGGGAAAUUGUCGCUUUCUCGGUCCGAAUCGCUCAAGCUGCUGGUGGCCAUGAUUGUAAACAACGUGAGGAUGUGAAAGCCACUACUAGCGACCACGCAGUCUGAUAGUUUAUACAUCAAUGAUGAAAUAUUAACAUUGCAACACAUGCCAAUACGGCCGCUUUAGUUUACUAAAUUGCAAUUUUAAAUUUCCCACGAAGUAUCUUGUUGCGGUAUGAUGACGCGUAGGUUUGAUAUCACCGGAUGUAGCGGAAUUUUUUUUACAGCCCAAUUCAAGCUAUAAGUAGUCUGCUUUAAUCGCACAAUUCCACAGUAUUCUGGACAUCUGUGUUGCGGAAUCUUUUGCAAUUUGUUCAAUGAAUAAUGGAGACGUCAAAGAAGAAAGCUGUAUGUGGGAAGCGGUGCAUUGCGGCCGCCUUUAGCAACACAAACACAGCCAGUGUUUCCUUGUUUAAAAUUCCCGAAGGUGAAGCUUUACUAUGGAACAGAGAGGUCAAGCGAACACGGUUCCCGACCACAUGUCAACCGGCAGGUUUCGAUGAGAAAAUUGUGGUAAUAAGUAGGCUCUUACCGUAGUUAUGAGCGGAGUUCGCGUCCUCCCGCAGCUGCGUGGCUUCCCUCAGAGACCCUGGCGGUCACCACACCCCUCCGACUUUCAUUUACCAUAUAAUCUCACUAAAACACUAGUAACACAAUAAGCAGAUAAGGGAUUUUCCAGAAUUAUCCUAGUAAAUGUGUCUAAUAACAUCUGAAUAGCUCUCACUGCCCUCGCCUUUUUUUUUUUUCUAGUCCUUUACUCUUAUUUUCCCCAUCCACAAAUCUUUAAUCCUCGCUCAAAUUAAUGGGGAAAUUGUCGCUUUCUCGGUCCGAAUCGCUCAAGCUGCUGGUGGCCAUGAUUGUAAACAACGUGAGGAUGUGAAAGCCACUACUAGCGACCACGCAGUCUGAUAGUUUAUACAUCAAUGAUGAAAUAUUAACAUUGCAACACAUGCCAAUACGGCCGCUUUAGUUUACUAAAUUGCAAUUUUAAAUUUCCCACGAAGUAUCUUGUUGCGGUAUGAUGACGCGUAGGUUUGAUAUCACCGGAUGUAGCGGAAUUUUUUUUACAGCCCAAUUCAAGCUAUAAGUAGUCUGCUUUAAUCGCACAAUUCCACAGUAUUCUGGACAUCUGUGUUGCGGAAUCUUUUGCAAUUUGUUCAAUGAAUAAUGGAGACGUCAAAGAAGAAAGCUGUAUGUGGGAAGCGGUGCAUUGCGGCCGCCUUUAGCAACACAAACACAGCCAGUGUUUCCUUGUUUAAAAUUCCCGAAGGUGAAGCUUUACUAUGGAACAGAGAGGUCAAGCGAACACGGUUCCCGACCACAUGUCAACCGGCAGGUUUCGAUGAGAAAAUUGUGGUAAUAAGUAGGCUCUUACCGUAGUUAUGAGCGGAGUUCGCGUCCUCCCGCAGCUGCGUGGCUUCCCUCAGAGACCCUGGCGGUCACCACACCCCUCCGACUUUCAUUUACCAUAUAAUCUCACUAAAACACUAGUAACACAAUAAGCAGAUGAGGGAUUUUCCAGAAUUAUCCUAGUAAAUGUGUCUAAUAACAUCUGAAUAGCUCUCACUGCCCUCGCCUUUUUUUUUUUUCUAGUCCUUUACUCUAAUUUUCCCCAUCCACAAAUCUUUAAUCCUCGCUCAAAUUAAUGGGGAAAUUGUCGCUUUCUCGGUCCGAAUCGCUCAAGCUGCUGGUGGCCAUGAUUGUAAACAACGUGAGGAUGUGAAAGCCACUACUAGUGACCACGCAGUCUGAUACUUUAUAUAUCAAUGAUGAAAUAUUAACAUUGCAACACAUGCCAAUACGGCCGCUUUAGUUUACUAAAUUGCAAUUUUAAAUUUCCCACGAAGUAUCUUGUUGCGGUAUGAUGACGCGUAGGUUUGAUAUCACCGGAUGUAGCGGAAUUUUUUUUACAGCCCAAUUCAAGCUAUAAGUAGUCUGCUUUAAUCGCACAAUUCCACAGUAUUCUGGACAUCUGUGUUGCGGAAUCUUUUGCAAUUUGUUCAAUGAAUAAUGGAGACGUCAAAGAAGAAAGCUGUAUGUGGGAAGCGGUGCAUUGCGGCCGCCUUUAGCAACACAAACACAGCCAGUGUUUCCUUGUUUACAUUCCUGAAGGUGAAGCUUUACUAUGGAACAGAGAGGUCAAGCGAACAUGGUUCCCGACCACAUGUCAACCGGCAGGUUUCGAUGAGAAAAUUGUGGUAAUAAGUAGGCUCUUACCGUAGUUAUGAGCGGAGCUCGCGUCCUCCCGCAGCUGCGUGGCUUCCCUCAGAGACCCUGGCGGUCACCACACCCCUCCGACUUUCAUUUACCAUAUAAUCUCACUAAAACACUAGUAACACAAUAAGCAGAUAAGGGAUUUUCCAGAAUUAUCCUAGUAAAUGUGUCUAAUAACAUCUGAAUCGCUCUCACUGCCCUCGCCUUUUUUUUUUCUAGUCCUUCACUCUAAAUUUCCUCAUCCACGAAUCUUUCAUCCCCGCUCAAAUUAAUGGGGAAAUUGUCGCUUUCUCGGUCCGAAUCGCUCUCGCUGCUGGUGGCCAUGAUUGUAAACAAUGUUCAGAUGUGAGGAGCUCCACAACCCGUGACGUCACGUGCACAUCGUCUGCUACUUCCGGUACAGGCAAGGCUUUUUUAUUAGCGACCAAAAGUUGUGAACUUUAUCGUGGAUGUUCUCUACUAAAUCCUUUCAGCAAAAAUAUGGCAAUAUGGCGAAAUGAUCAAGUAUGACACAUAGAAUGGACCUGCUAUCCCCGUUUGAAUAAGAACAUCUCAUUUCAGUAGGCCUUUAGUGUUUGACAAUGGUCCUUGGCCAUCUGUUGGACUAAAAUUCACUACAUUUGACCUGCAAGUAAAAGUAAUUUUUGGCGUCAAACUCACACAGGCGUCUUUUAGCCAUCAACUUGGGGGGCAGAACUGAUUGUGCCCUUUUGAAUUCUGCCUAGCAACACGAGUCUGCCCAAAUUUCAGUUGAUAAAAUUCUUCUUACCGAUCAAAGCAGCGCCUUGUUUGAUCCACGUGUGACUUAAUGCUGGUAUCGAGGUUUUCACAGAUGAUGCUCGCCAUCUUUACAAGGAAAAAAGGAAAUAAAAUUGAAGAUGUUUUUUGCAA